UAAAUAAAUUUAUUUAAGUUCAAUUACAUAUUCCCACAAGAAUAUGCAAAUGCUGUCUAAUUUAUAUCCUCCAUUAUGAAAGAAAAUAGUAUGCCUACAUACAAACGAUGACGUCAUACUAUCCAUUUGGCAGCAUGACGUGAGUAUCUUCUACCAACCAUCUUAUAUAUUGAGAUAGACUCGUAGGCAUUAGAGCCAAUUAAUUUAUCCUUCCUUUCUUAAAGGUAUAUAUUUAAUUUUUUUCCUCUUUUCCUUCGUCUUUUUCAAAGUAGUAGUAACUCAGGAAGACAACAACUAGGCAGAAACUUCUCCCUUUCACAAGUAAUCUCCCUCUCCCUAAAUUAACCUCCUUAUUUUCCUUCUUCCAACCUUCAAAGAACUGAAAUUUCUCUCUCUAGGACCAAUGGAGGAGGGGUGUGAAGGGAAGAAGAUACCAGUAGCAGUUAUCCUUCUCUUCCUCCUAUCAACGGUCGCCGGAGCGCUGCUGCUGAUUUGGUGGAGCUUAAAAUUUCAGGAAUCCAAGGAUCAGCUAUGGAUGGUACCAGUCAGCUUCGUCUUUCUCGGCUCCCCGGUCGUCUCCGGCUUCUCGUUCUUCGCCUCCGGCCAUAAUCGAGAUAGCCUCCAGUUUCUCUAUAAGGGGCCGGUUUUGGCUUCAGACUGUAAGGAGAAGAUUUUGGUGUGAAGGUGGACUGAUGUUAUGAGAUGGGCGAAGCUCAUAGAUUUUUGUAUUUUAUAUUCUGUAAAUACUGGUUUACAAUGGUGUAGAUUGGGGUUAAGCUGCUUGGUGCUUGUUAUGAUAGAG